UGUGAAUAUUUUCAAACUUUUUUACGCAAUAAAAAUAUCUUAUUAAAAUAAAAAACUUUAUUUUAUAUAAAAUUAAUAUUUAAUUAAUUAUUAAAUAUAUCAGUAGCAUGAAAAUAAUUUAUUUUAGUGGUUCUCAAAUUGAUAAUAUAUUUAUUUAGUAAUUUGUAAAUUAUUAAGCCCGCAACUGCGGGCAAAACACCUAGUAUUUAUAUAUACACGUUAGUGGCAAAACACAGAGCGAAUCAGGUAUCAACUUGCCCUACUUAAAAUAAAACCGUACACAAUCACAAGGCAUUUCUCCUUUCAAUUCAAGAGCCAAGAUUAAUCAUUUUGUUUUCUUUUAAUCGAGUAAAGAGAUUGGACAUUAACAAUCAAGUUGCUUAAUUAUAAUAAGUAUAAAAGUUUGUAGAGUCCAAGACAUAAUCAUAGCUAUUCAACCUCCAUCAAUAGUUACCACCACCAUGAUUUUUAUAUAUGUAUAAAUAUAUGAGUGAUAUCUUGUGAAUAUAUAGGAGAUAUCAAAUCUAAUAUAUAAUAUGUGUAGUUGGACUAAUUACCACAAGGCUGGCUAAGAAACAUAAUGUAAAAAUGGUCAUGGUAAGAAAACAAUUCGAAGAUGGUGUGUCAAUAAGAGUUGCCAGCAAAAACCUUAGUUAACAAGCUUACUGAUUUUGUCUCAGACAAAACCUAAAAGCAAAAGUGGAAGUUGCGACAGAUAGAUUCCCUUUCACUGUGAGGUUGAGUAGUCUUUUCUUCUAUUUUUGUUUGUUGAAAAUCAAAUCUGAAGCGUAUAGUAUGAUGAAAACAAAGCAUAUGUUCAUGAUAUUGUCUUUUCAUUUGGAAAUUACCUCAAUUAGUGUCUUCAUGAUAAAGUAUAUGUUCAUGAAUCAUGAUAUAGUAUGUUCAUGACUCAUGUGACAUGUUUGUUGCUAAAAAAUUAUGCUAGAAAACUGUAUAAAAUACGAUUAUUUUAGGUAAAACAGUAGGAUAAAAAAGAUAACCAAUCUUUUUAUCGAAAACUUAUGUUUUGUAAAAAGUAAAAACAUGUCACUGUCUCAUAAUUGUUUUACUAUAGUGCAAAAACGAAACAGCAUUUUGGCCUGAAACUUACAAUAAUCUUGAACUGAUGGUUACUGUUAUAGCCUCAUGUUGUGUUAGAAGAAUGUUAUUUUUUUUCUAUAAGAAUUUUGUAACAGAAGUAGGAUCACCAUCCACAUUUUUUAAUUUUCUAUUUGGCUCAAACAAAAUUUUAUUGUACAAUUUUGUAAGCACAGAAAACACUGUAAAUUUUUGUAAUAAUUAGGUAAUAAGAUUGCAGUAAUUCACGUGAAUCCCCAAUAAUUUUCUCAUGCACAAAGUGGGGUCCUUAGUUUUUUUUUGUAUGUGUUCCUUUGCUACUUCUCGCCAGCACUUCUUCUUUUGUUCUCUUCGCUACCUCCAAACUUCCCAAGAAUCUCUCUAUUUAUUUCCCCUCUCUCUUCCCUCUCACCUCAUAUUUUCUCUCUGCCAAGAGAAUCCUUCUGAAGAAAAUGUCAAAGAAAGCAACUUUUCUGCCAAUGAAUCUUUCUCUUGCUCCUUUUCUUCUUGUUCUUCUUUACCAUCUUCUGUCGUGUGUUGCUGUUCAUGGCGUCCAAGAGAAGAAGAUUCUCAGUCUGCACAACAACAUUUGGUCUCCCAGGAAAUCAUAUGAAGCUCCAAGUUCAUGUUUCUCUCACAAUCUUGGAAAAGGGAGAGAAUCAUCCACUACACUAAAGAUGAAACAUAGAGAACUUUGCUCAGGAAAGACUAUAGAUUGGGGUAAGAAGCUGAGAAGAGCCUUAACUCUAGACAACCUAAGAGUCCAAUCACUUCAACUAAGAAUCAAAGCCAUGAGCUCAACCACCACAGAAUCCAUUUCAGAAGCUCAGAUUCCACUAACCUCAGGGAUGACACUCCAAACUCUAAAUUACAUUGUCACAGUUGAUUUAGGAGGGAGAAACAUGACUUUGAUCGUCGACACUGGAAGUGACUUGACAUGGGUCCAAUGCCAGCCUUGCAAGUCUUGUUACAACCAAGAAGGUCCUCUGUAUGACCCAUCAGUCUCAUCUUCUUACAAGACAGUAUUCUGCAACUCAUCAACUUGUCAGGAUCUUGUAGCAGCUACAGGCAAUUCAGGCCUCUGUGGAGGCGACAACGGUGUUGAUAAAACGACUUGUGACUACGUUGUCAGCUAUGGGGAUGGAUCAUACACUCGUGGAAACUUGGGAAGUGAAAGUAUCCAACUGGGCGACACGAAAGUCGAGAGCUUUGUCUUUGGUUGUGGCCGGAGCAACAAAGGUUUGUUUGGAGGAGCUUCUGGUCUAAUGGGUUUGGGAAGAAGCUCUGUUUCUUUAGUCUCACAAACCCUGAAAAACUUCAACGGUGUUUUCUCAUACUGUCUACCUUCUCUUGAGGAUGGAGCUUCAGGCUCACUAUCUUUCGGUGAGGACUCCUCUGUUUACAAGAACACAACUUCAGUUUCUUACACUCCUUUAGUACAAAACCCUCAGCUUAGUUCCUUCUACGUUCUGAACCUCACCGGUGCUAGCAUUGGUGGCGUGGAUCUUGAAUCUUCGAGCUUUGGUGGAGGGAUUCUAAUCGAUUCAGGAACGGUCAUCACGAGACUGCCACCUUCCAUUUACAAAGCUGUGAAGACAGAGUUUCUGAAACAGUUCUCUGGGUUUCCUUCAGCUCCAAGUUAUUCAAUCUUGGACACUUGUUUUAACCUCACAAGUUAUGAAGACGUAAGCAUACCAACUAUCAAAAUGAUUUUCCAAGGUAACGCUGAGCUUGAGGUGGAUGUCACUGGUGUGUUCUACUUUGUCAAGCCAGAUGCAUCUCUAGUCUGCUUGGCCUUGGCAAGUCUUUCAUAUGAAAACGAUGUUGGUAUCCUUGGAAACUAUCAACAGAAAAACCAGAGAGUGAUAUAUGAUACCAAACAAGAGAAGCUUGGGAUAGCAGGAGAAAACUGCAGUUUCUGAUGACUACCUAAUGACUUGUGUAAUAAGCUUUGUGUGUUCCCCUCCCCUCCCCCUCAUAUCAUGAAAGCCAAUUAUCUCUUUUGGCCAAGUAUUUGAAACAAACAAUUAUAAAAUAGAAAAAUAAUCAAAAUAAAGAAAGAUCAUUUUAUA